AUGGGCUCACACGAGCUCAACAUGCGCCAGAUCAGUGCUAAUAAUGUCGAUCUGAACCAGGGGCUCAGCCUCGAUGGCGUUGAGGUGGACGCGGUCUGCAUCGGCGCCAGCAUCAACGCUUGCAAGGUGGCGCGGCGCUGGCGGUGGGCGCUGCAGCUGACCCGCGACUCGCCGCCGUCGGCGAGUCGCAUCGCGCGCCACGCGGCGAUGGGCGCAGGUGGCGCAUGGCACCUGGCACUUUUGCUCUUGGCCACUUUCAACCAACUGCAGGUGGAGUCCAACACGGCGAGCUUCAACACGGCUUUGGCGGCCGAUGCGCGCGAGUCUGCAUGGGAGUGGGCGGUAGGGUUGGUGGCGGCAAUGCGGGCGAACAGGCACCAGGCGGAUGGAUUCAGCCACCGCAGCCUGGCGUCGCGGAGCUGGCGCCACGGGCUGCGGCUCCAGAGGCGCCGUGACGUCGGACACGUGGCUGGCGGCUGGCAGCGGGUGCUGGCGCAAUGGCCCUGGUUGAGGGGCCCCGAUUGUGCCGGCUUCAACGUCGCCAUUGGCACCUUGGGUCAGGACACGGAGACGGACUCGUGGCGGCUCUCGCUGUGGAGCUUCGGGGAGCUGAGCGACCGGAGAGUCCGCCCCGACAUGAUCUCGCACAUGUCGGCCAUGACUCCAUGCAGCCGCAAAUGGCUUUGGCCGCGCAGCCUGGCGCUCUUUGCCCGCCUGGAGGAGGCACAGCUGCGCCCAGACGCGGCGGUGCACAGCGGCCUCGCCGGCGCCUGCGAGAAGGCGCAGUGCUGGCGUGAAGCGCUGCAGCUCUGGCGGCCAUUCCCACAACUCAUGGAGGACGACUUGAGCCUCAGCGCAGCUCUGAAAGCUGUGGCGGUGCGUGGCUGGAGCUUUGCCUUAAGCCUACUGCGCGGCCAACAGCCAGGGUACAUGAGCGUCGAUGCGGCCGUGGCGGCUUGCGGGCCCUUGUGGCGCACCGCGCUGUUUCUCGGCUCGAGCCGCCCGGCCGCGGCCGCCGCCGCCGCGGAGAAGGCCGGCGCCUGGGAGGCGGCGCAGUUUUUGGCUUCCGCCUCCUCUGAGGGCGUGGAGUCGGCGAGCGCCGUGCGCGGGGGGGCGGCGGUGGCCGCGUGCAGGAAGCCUGGCCGCUGGGUGCCUGCGCUGCAUUUGCUGCACCACAUGGCCUGGCGAUCUCUGGAGCUGGAGACCGCCACUCGGAACGCCGCGGUGGCCGUGAUGGGCGCCGGCCGAAGGUGGCGUUUCGCCUUGCGCCUGGCCGAGCCGUCGGUGGCAGACUCAGAAUCUGCGCGCGCGGAGUUGCCCGCAGCACUGGCGCCGGAGUGGCGCAGGGUACUGCAGCUCACUGACGUGUGCGUCCGACGAGCGCAGCUCAAUGCUCUCAGUUUUUACUCCUGUCUGGACGCCCUGCAAAGCACUGGCCGUUGGCGGCUGUGCCUGUUCAUGGCGAGGCUUCGCAGGCCUGACGCGCACACACUGACGGCCUGCCUCAACGCUUGCCAUGCGGCGCAGCGCAAAUACUUCACCUGGCCGAAGGUGAGACGCCAAAGGAUGGCGGCGCAUCUGCGGUCGGGGCAAACCAUGACGGGCAUGGUGAAGAGCUACAACCGCAGGGGCUUCGGCUUCAUCAUGUGCCAGGCUCUAGAGCAGGACAUCUACUUCUCUCGGGAGAGCCUGCACCCGAACUUGCAGACCUCCGACCUGGCGGGCGAGCAGAUCCAGUUCGAGAUCCAUCGCUUCUCCGAUGGCAAGCUGCAGGCUCGAAAUCUGCGAGCCCUCGGCGACGUCAGCGACUUCAAAGGCAGCAGCUACGGCGCCAACAGGCGGACGAGGGACCAGUUCCGCUGA